AUGGAGAUUAAGGUUGAUGAAGAAGCUGGAAUCAAUAGUGCUCGUCACAGGAUCAAAGAAGAGAAAGUUCCACUCUUGGAGGAAGAUCGAGUUAUAAUUCAAAGUCGAGACUUUCCUGCAAUAGAAAGGAACACAUGGAUACAAAAAGCAAUAAGUCAAACAUUUCAGACAACAGCUCAUCUAGCUAAUCUCCUACCAACAGGGACAGUUCUUGCUUACCAAAUCCUAUCGCCAAUCUUCACAAACGCUGGAAACUGCAGUCUAGCUAGCAGAUUCAUGACAGCCUUGCUAGUCUCCAUCUGCGGAUUCUCUUGUUUCAUACUCAGCUUCACAGAUUCUUACAAGGACUUGAAUGGAAAUGUUUGCUACGGAUUAGCAACAACCAAUGGCUUGUGGAUAAUCGAUGGCUCGGCUUCUCUUCCUCAAGAACGCUCCAAAGGCUAUGGAUUAAGGUUUAUUGACUUUGCACACGCGUUCAUGUCGUUUCUUGUGUUUGGAGCUGUGGUUAUGUUUGAUCAGAAUGCGGUCAAAUGUUUCUUCCCUCAACCAUCUGAUGAAGUUGCACAGAUUCUCACAGCUUUGCCUGUAGCCAUUGGAGUCUUUUGCAGUAUGUUGUUUGCUACGUUUCCUACUACUCGUCAUGGUAUUGGUUUUCCUCUCACUGCUAAAUGA